AUGUCAAAGCUUCAGUCAAAAGAAGUAUUUGGGCGAGAGCAGGCAGCGUUCAGGCUCUCCUCUCGGACUGGACGCUAUGGUGCAGACUUGGCCAAGGCUUCGUCCGCUUUUCCCCUGAUCGCUCUGCUCCCGGGGGUUCUGGAGAGAGUACCCCCGGGACGGGGACCAUCUACUGCUGUAGCCCCGUUCUGGCCAGGCCGAGUAUGGUUCUCGGACCUGGCUCUCCUUGAGAGAUUCCCAGAAAAAAAAUCAACCAGUUCAAGUGAAGAAUUGAGCAAAAUUGAUAAAAUCAUCAAGAAACGCAUCUUAUUUGAAGAUAGUAAUCCUGCUCGAUACCAUCUGAAAGCAGAGUCUGACAAUUUGGAUCAAUUUGGACCAUAUAGACAAAUAACCUUUGGAGAGAGAGACAAACAGAAACCACAUAAAACCAUUCUGCUGGUGGGAGAAACAGGAACAGGUAAAACAACUCUGAUCAACACAAUGAUCAACUACAUGUUGGGUGUUCAGAGAAAAGACAAGGUUUGGUUUGAGAUCACAGAUGAUCAGAGCGACCGAACAUCAGCUCACAGUCAGACCUCCAGCAUCACUGUUUAUGGGUUUUAUCUACAAGAGAGUCCAAUCCAUUUAACAAUCAUCGACACUCCAGGAUAUGGAGACACUCGUGGAGUUGAAAAAGAUAAAGAGAUUGCUGUGAGUUUGUUUAGUUUAAUUAAAUCUGCUGAAGGGAUUCAUGAAAUAGAUGCAGUGUGUCUGGUGAUUAUGGCACAACAAAAUCGACUCUCUGACAAACAAAUAUACAUAUUUGACGCUGUUCAGUCUUUAUUUGGGAAAGAUGUUGCUGAAAACAUUGUCUUGCUCUUCACACACUCAUCUGGUACUCAACCUAAAAAUGCUCUGGCGGCUGUUAAAGCGGCUAAAAUUAAGUGUGCAGUAAAUGACAAGAAUCAGCCCGUGUUUUUUCUGUUCGACAACUGUCUGUCAGACGCCGCUGAUGAAGAAUAUGAAGUGAUACAAGAACAUGCAUGGAAUCUCUGUUUCAGAGGAAUGGCAGUUUUUUUUCAGUUUCUUGACGACAUAAAACCAAAAUCCCUUAAGAUGACUCAAGAUGUGUUACAGGAACAGAAGCAGUUGGAGGCAAAAAUAUCUAAUCUACAAUCACGUGUUCAAACAUUGAAACUAAAACAAGAUGAGCUGAAACAAACUCAAGAAGCUCUGGAGAAAAAUAGGGAAGACGUAAUAAACAAUACAAACUUUGAGUUUGAAAUUGAAGUGCACUACAAAGAGAAGAUUGAUAUUGAUCCUGCUGUAGCCAGCAUGGCGAUGUGCUGCAACGUCUGUGAGGAGAACUGUCAUUAUCCAGGAUGCUGGUGGAUCAGCGGUCUCUCGGAGUGCAGCGUGAUGAAGAAUAAUCACUGUACAGUGUGCACUAAUAAAUGCCACUACAGAGAACAUGCCAAAGAAGCAAAAAUAUAUGCAACAAGGACAAGGAAUGAGAGGAAAACAUUUGAAAAUUUAAAGAAGGAAUAUGCUAGUAAGAUUAGGGAUGAUGAGUCUUUGGUCAAUAAGCUGGAAGAAGAACUGCAAGAAUUAGAGAGAGAGAAAAUAAAGCUUGUGAAUGAAGCUUUUGACUGUGUGGAAACUCUGGAGAAGAUCGCACUCAAGACUGAUUCACUGAUCAUACUUCAGCACAUUGAUUUUCUGAUUGAGAAGCUGAAGGAAAUCAAUGAGCCUGAAAAGGCUGAAAAACUGGGAAAGAUCAAGAAGAGAGCAGGAGCAGAAAAACAAAGAGCACUUGGUUACUUCACAAAACAAUGUGAAAAAUAA